AUGUCCAAGUUCUACGAAUUAACCCCCCUCGACAAAGCCGGUAAGCCCUUCCCAUUCAGUGACUUGAAGGGUAAGGUGGUAUUGAUUGUGAAUGUUGCUUCCAAAUGUGGGUUCACUCCUCAAUAUAAAGAGUUGGAAGAAUUGAAUAAGAAAUACGCCGAUAAAGGAUUGCAAGUGAUUGGAUUCCCAUGUAACCAAUUCGCAUCGCAAGAACCAGGUAGCUCUGAGGAAAUUGCUUCUUUCUGCUCUUUGAACUACGGGGUCACUUUCCCAGUAUUAAAGAAAAUCGAUGUCAAUGGUGACAAGGCCGAUGACGUCUACAAGUACUUGAAGGGAGAAAAAUCCGGGUUAUUGGGAUUGACCAGAAUCAAGUGGAACUUCGAAAAGUUCUUGGUUGACAAGGAAGGUAACGUUGUAGAAAGAUACUCCAGUAUUGCCAAACCUGCCAGUAUUGCUCCUAAAAUCGAAGAGUUACUUAAGUAA